UUCUUUUUGUUCUUAGAAAUUAAAUAAGAAAAAUUUAUAUGAUUUAUUUUCUUGCAUUAAAAUCUGAACCACGAACUUGAUCAGAACUCAGGAGUUUCAUGAUUGACUUAACCACUCACCACCAAUGCGUGCUUCCGCGAAGGCGAUAUCAUGCACGCACCCAAGUCUUCAUCUCUCCCACCCCAACAUCGAAUCGUUCGUGUGGAACAACCUGAUUCGAGCAAGCACCAGAAGCAGAGUUCAAAAUCCAGCGUUUCCGCCAGCACUCUCUCUCUACCUUCGCAUGCGCCUCCAUGCCGUGCUUCCCGAUCUUCACACCUUCCCAUUCCUUCUCCAAUCCAUCAAUACCCCUCAUCGAGGUCGCCAACUCCACGCUCAAAUCCUUCUCCUUGGUCUCGCCAACGACCCUUUUGUUCAAACCUCCCUUAUCAACAUGUACUCUUCAUGUGGCACCCCCACCUUCGCCCGCCAAGCGUUCGACGAAAUUACUCAACCCGACUUACCCUCUUGGAACGCCAUCAUCCAUGCAAACGCCAAAGCCGGCAUGAUUCACAUUGCGCGGAAACUGUUCGAUCAAAUGCCUGAAAAGAACGUCAUAUCGUGGAGCUGCAUGAUUCAUGGUUACGUAAGCUGUGGCGAGUACAAGGCGGCGCUUUCUUUGUUUCGCAGUUUGCAGACGUUGGAAGGAAGUCAACUCCGACCCAAUGAGUUCACCAUGUCAUCUGUGCUCUCAGCUUGUGCGCGGUUGGGUGCGCUUCAGCAUGGAAAGUGGGUUCAUGCUUACAUUGACAAAACUGGGAUGAAAAUCGAUGUUGUGUUGGGGACUUCUUUGAUUGACAUGUAUGCCAAAUGUGGAAGCAUUGAAAGGGCGAAAUGCAUAUUCGAUAAUUUGGGUCCUGAAAAGGAUGUGAUGGCAUGGAGUGCCAUGAUUACUGCUUUUUCCAUGCAUGGACUCUCGGAGGAAUGCCUUGAACUGUUUGCAAGGAUGGUAAAUGAUGGUGUGAGGCCUAAUGCUGUGACGUUUGUGGCUGUUCUUUGUGCUUGUGUGCAUGGAGGGUUAGUUAGUGAAGGAAAUGAAUAUUUCAAGAGGAUGAUGAAUGAGUAUGGUGUAAGCCCUAUGAUUCAACAUUAUGGUUGCAUGGUGGACUUAUACAGCAGAGCAGGUCGUAUUGAGGAUGCUUGGAAUGUGGUGAAAUCAAUGCCUAUGGAACCUGAUGUGAUGAUAUGGGGAGCUCUGCUUAAUGGGGCUAGGAUUCAUGGGAAUGUUGAAACUUGCGAGAUAGCGAUAACGAAGCUUCUUGAGUUGGACCCUGCAAAUAGUAGUGCCUACGUUCUUCUUUCUAACGUGUAUGCCAAGCUGGGACGGUGGAGGGAAGUGAGGCAUUUGAGAGAUCUUAUGGAGGUCCGGGGAAUCAAGAAACUUCCAGGGUGUAGUUUGGUUGAGGUAGAUGGCGUUAUUCGUGAGUUUUUUGCUGGGGAUAAUUCUCAUCCAGAAUUGCUAAAUUUAUAUGUAAUGCUUGAUGAGAUUAUGAAGAGGUUGGAAAAGCAUGGUUAUGAACGUAACACUGGGGAGGUAUUACUUGAUUUGGAUGAGGAAGGGAAGGAGUUUGCAUUGUCUCUUCAUAGUGAAAAACUGGCAAUUGCAUAUUGCUUCCUCAGGACAAGCCCGGGUACCACAAUUCGGAUUGUGAAGAACUUGAGGAUAUGUAGCGAUUGCCAUGUUGCAAUCAAGAUUAUAUCUAAGGAAUUUAAUAGGGAGAUUAUUGUUAGAGAUUGCAACCGAUUUCACCAUUUUAAAAAUGGGCUUUGCUCCUGCAAAGACUACUGGUAAAUAUAAAGCAUAAAUUUUGUUGAAA